CUUGCGGGUUGAUGAGGAAGGAUCGGCAGCCGGACUGGCAGGACACAAACGUGGCUCUCAUCGGCUCCGACAUCGACCGCAAGUGCAAGGAGGCCGCCGCGCACGGCGAGCCGCAGUGGCGGGGCGCCGGCACGAGCGUCGGGCUGCAGCUGUGGCGGAUUGAGCAGUUCCGCGUUGUCCCGUGGCCGCAGAAGAAGUGGGGCAAGUUCCACCGCGGCGACUCAUACAUCGUGCUCCGCACGUAUAAGAAGCCGAACAACAACAAGAAGCUGGAGUGGGACGUCCACUUUUGGAUCGGCAGCGAGUCGUCGCAGGACGAGUACGGCACCGCCGCGUACAAGACGGUCGAGCUGGACGACUUCCUUGGAGGCGGAGCGACGCAGCACCGACAGGUGGAGGGGGCCGAGGCGCAAGACUUCCUCGACCUGUUCGGCGGCCGGGUCCAGUACCUCGAGGGCGGCGUCGCGACCGGCUUCAAGAAGACAGAGCUCAAGGAGCGGCAGGCGCGCCUCUUCGAGGUCAAGGGCGGGCGCGGCAACCUGCGGCUGCGGCAGGUCAAGCUCAGCCGGUCGUCGAUGAACUCUGGCGACGUGUACAUCCUCGACACCGAGUUCAAGGUGUUUGUGUGGGUGGGCAGCGAGUCGAACGCGGCCGAGCGGGGAAAGGCGGACGAGUUGGCCAAGGGGAUGGCUGCGGAGCGGGGCGGGGGGACGCAGGUGGUGCACGUGCCGGACGGAGAACCAGACGAGGAGGACCCCUUCUGGAAGGAGCUGCCCGGAGAGCGACGGUUUCUCGGCAUCAAGGUCGGACGCGUCUCGGUGAAGGGUCAAGAGGCGGGCGGCGAGGACGCGGCUGUAAAGGCGCACCAGCCGCUGCUGCUGCGGCUCAAGGCGGGAGAGCGGGGCGCCUUCUCGUACUCGCGCGCCGGCACGGGGGCGAAGCUGCCUGUCUCGCGGCUGAAGUCUUGCGACGUCUUCCUGUACGACAACGGCUUCGAGAUCUUCUUGUGGGUGGGUAAGGGCGCCGACCAGCAGGAGCGGGUCAGCGCCUUCCCCUUCGCGCAGCGAUACCUCAAGGACUACCGCCGGCCGUCCGUGCUGCCGAUCACGCGCUACGCGGAGGGGAAGGAGGCGCCGCGCUUCAUCGAGCAGUUUGGGCCGCCCGCGAAGGGGUGCUUCGCCGACCCCGGGCAGUAUGUCGCCCAUUGCGUCUGCAUGUAGAGUAGUGCGGAGCGCGCCCACUCUUUGAGUGCACAUCCGUGAGUCUCGAGAAACCACCCGCGGCUCCCGGCGAGUUCUACGUGAUUCGUGUCAAGUGCCACUAGAGUAGAGAGGAAGAGUGCCGCCUCCCCCCGCGAUUUCGACAAUUCGUGUCAUGACCGAUGUGUCGGGUGUUCGCUGUUCGUUUUAUAGAGCCUCGACGCGUAAGC